AUCAGUAACAUGUUGACUAAUGUAGGGGGUUAAUCAACGUGCAUCCAAUAACAUACAAUAUAUAGAUUAACUGUAGUUGCCGUCGCCGUCCUUCACUGCUGUCUGGUAUAACAGUUCUUUUAAGAUUCUCCUUGAAUUCUUGCGCUUGUAUUCAUUUAUCGCAAUAGGCACAGAACUCAGAAGGGGAAAUCUUGUCACGCCUUACUAGCGCUGCUACGUUUUACUGUGAUUUGUGAUUUACGUUGGUAUGCUUAUUGCUUACAAUGAGCACCCUUACAAUAAGUUGCGCUGCGACAGUUCCUUAUUGUACUUGCUGUGAUUAACAUCCAAAUAAUAUCAUUGACUUUUAUUAACUUAGUAGUUGCAUACUACUGUGAAACAUUGAAUGUAAUGGAAAUCAAAUUCUUAAACCUUCUUGGUAAAUAGAAGAUUAUAAUAUUAAAAAUGGAUAGCAAAAUUCAUAUACAGAAACCAAAAAAUCCUAGAGAAGGAGCAAAUCCACUCAGUGUAUUAACUUUUAGUUAUAUUCUCCGUUUAUUUUGGGUAGGUUAUAAUAGAGAUUUAGAUAUACAAGAUCUUUAUGAGCCUCUAAAUGAACAUACAAGUAAUAAACUGGGUGAGAAAAUUGCUAAAUUAUGGGAGGAAGAAUGUCAAAGCGUCAAUGCAAAGCAGUUAUCAAAACAAAAAGGUGACAUAAGUAUUGAUGGGAAUGAUUCAAUUAAAGGUCAACCAAGUCUCCUCCGAGUUCUUUUAAGAUGUUUUGGUGCCAAAAUAAUGCUUUAUGGAUUAUUGUUAGCAGUUAUGGAAAUUUUGCUUAGAGUUUCACAGCCACUGCUAUUAGCGCGUUUAUUAAAAUACUUCAGCAUCCACAAUGACAAUAUGAUAAGUCGGGAAGAAGCCUACAUAUAUGCUGGUGGUGUCAUUCUCUGUUCAGCGCUUAAUAUUCUUGUUAUUCAUCCAUACAUGAUGGCCAUUUUACAUAUGGGAAUGAAAAUGCGUGUGGCCUGCUGUACUCUUAUAUACCGUAAAUCCUUGAAACUAUCACGUACGGCCCUCGGUGAAACAACCAUAGGCCAAGCAGUAAAUCUUUUGUCGAACGACGUAAAUCGCUUUGAUAUGGCAACGAUAUUUCUUCAUUAUUUAUGGAUAGGACCAGUGGAAACAAUAAUUAUUAUGUAUGUGAUGUUUAACGAAGUGCAGGAAUCAGCAAUUAUCGGUGUGGCUACGUUAUUGAUGUUCAUACCUCUGCAGGGAUUUUUGGGAAAAAAAUCAUCCUCGUUACGAUUAAAAACAGCAAUCAGAACUGAUGAAAGGGUGAGAUUAACCAAUGAGAUAAUUUCGGGAAUUCAAGCUAUUAAAAUGUACACAUGGGAGAAACCGUUCAGUGCCUUAGUUGCAAAGGCAAGGUUCAAUGAAAUCAAAGUCAUCAGAAGUAUGUCAUAUAUUAGGGGUGCUAUUAUGUCUUUCAUCAUAUUUUCUACGAGAUUAUCAUUGUUCGUUACUAUUUUGGCGUAUGUGUUAUUUGGAAAACACAUCAAUGCUGAGAUUGUUUUCAUGCUUACAGCUUAUUAUAAUAUUCUACGUACUAAUAUGACAGUCUUCUUUUCUCAAGGAAUUACCCAAGUCGCAGAGGUAAUGGUCUCCAUUCGACGCUUACAAAACUUUAUGAUGUAUGAGGAAGUGUCUACGCGUGUAAAUAGAAGUAUGGUAUAUCAACAACAGCAAAAGGAUAGUUCAACGACACAAAAAAAAGAUAAUUUUGUAAAAAAUGGAAAAUCCAUCAGCACAUGUAAUAAAAAGUAUGAUGAUGUGAAUAAUGUUGAGGAAAAUGAUGGUACAAUCAAAUUAGUAGAUGCUUCAGCCAAAUGGCAUGUGUUCGAAAAAGAUGAUACUCUACAUAAGAUUAAUUUAGAUAUAAAAUCUGGAGAAUUAAUAGCUAUCGUGGGUCAAGUUGGUGCUGGAAAGUCAAGCUUAUUAAAUGUUAUCUUGAACGAGCUGCCUCUCACUUCUGGAUCAGUUCAAGUCAAUAGUCAAAUUGCAUAUGCCAGCCAGGAGCCUUGGCUAUUUGUUGGUACAGUGAGACAAAAUAUAUUGUUUGGUAGAAAAAUGGAUCAGCAUAGGUACGAACAAGUCAUUAAGGUGUGUCAGUUGAAGAGAGACUUUAGAUUACUACCCAACGGUGAUAAAACUAUUGUUGGUGAACGUGGAAUUAGUUUAUCUGGUGGACAACGAGCAAGAAUUAAUUUGGCAAGAGCAGUCUACUCUGAUACAUCGAUAUAUAUUUUCGAUGAUCCGCUUAGUGCAGUGGACGCUCAUGUUGGAAAGCAUAUGUUCGAAGAAUGCAUCGUUAAAUAUUUAAAGAAAAGAACCAGAAUUUUGGUCACUCAUCAAUUGCAAUUUCUAAGAAUUGUUAAUAGAAUAAUCGUUUUAAAGGAUGGACAGAUUGAGGCUGAAGGUACGUUUGAUGACCUACUGAUUCAAGGCAUCGAUUUUGGACGUUUACUCGAAACUCAACCAUUGAAAACAUAUGAGGAAAGUGGAUCAGCACCUCCAAGUCGAGGAACAUCCCGUCAAGGUAGCAUUACCUCGUUGAGCUCCUUUAUGACAAAUGAAAAUAACUUGUCCUUCGAUGAUCCAGUGGAAGAAGAUGAAAUGCGUAGCUCUGGUCAUGUUGGAAGUUGGGUUUACAAAGGUUACUUAGGAGCUGGUGUUAAUUGUUGUGUUGGCAUUAUUAUAUUCAUUCUCUUUGUCCUGGCACAAUUUUUUGCUAGUGCUGGUGACUUUUUUAUCUCUGAGUGGGUUAAAAUGGAAGAAAAAUCUCCUAGAUAUCAUGGAGGAAAUAGUACUGAAAUAUUGGACUGGCAAGGCUCUAUAUCUCGAGAAAAUUGUAUAUAUAUCUAUAGUGCCAUAAUUAUGCUUACAAUAGUGAUUACUCUCAUUCGUUCGUCCGCCUUUUUCGACAUGUGCAUGCGUGCUUCACAGAAGCUUCACGAUAAUAUGUUCAGUUCAAUCAGUCGAGCAACAAUGCGUUUUUUUAAUACCAAUACCUCUGGUCGAAUUCUUAAUCGAUUUUCCAAGGACAUGGGUGCGGUGGAUGAAUUGUUACCGAUAGCACUUAUUGAUUGCUUGCAAAUUGGAUUAACUUUACUCGGUAUCAUUAUAGUCGUUGCUAUUUCCAAUCCUUGGUUACUGAUACCCACUUUUUUGAUUAGUUUUCUCUUUUAUUAUCUAAGAGUUAUUUAUAUAUCAACUGGACGGAGCAUUAAACGACUAGAAGGUAUAACUCGAUCACCAGUAUUCAGUCAUCUGAAUGCAAGUUUACAAGGAUUGGUAACAAUUCGGUCAUUUAAUGCAGAUGAAACAUUAGUCAAAGAAUUCGAUCAUCAUCAAGAUCUCCAUUCUUCAGCUUGGUUUAUUUUUAUAGCAACUUCUCGUGCUUUCGGAUUUUACUUGGAUGUUUUUUGCGUAAUCUAUAUAGCUCUAGUUACGAUGAGUUUUUUCUUCUUGGCUGAAGAUAAUCAACCUGAUGGAGGAUCCGUGGGCUUAGCAAUUACUCAGAGUAUAGGUCUUACUGGUAUGUUCCAGUGGGGAAUGCGACAAAGCGCCGAACUCGAGAAUCAAAUGACUUCUGUAGAACGAAUUUUAGAAUAUAGCAAACUUUCAAACGAACCGCCAUUAGAAAGCAAACCAGAAAAGGCACCACAAGCAGAAUGGCCAAUGGAUGGCAAAAUUGAAUUCAAGUCUGUCUUUUUACGAUACUCACCUGUUGAUCCUCCUGUAUUAAAUAAUCUGAACUUUAUCAUUCAUCCUAGAGAAAAAAUUGGCAUUGUGGGUCGUACUGGUGCUGGAAAAUCAUCCCUUAUACAAUCAUUAUUCAGAUUGGCUGAAAAUCAGGGUUCGAUUGAGAUUGAUGGAAUAAAUGUUGAUGAAAUAGGCUUACAUGAUCUACGAAAGAAAAUUAGCAUAAUUCCUCAAGAACCAUUCUUGUUCUCAGGUAGUUUAAGAAAAAAUCUUGAUCCAUUUGAGAGCUAUGAAGACACCAUACUUUGGCAAGCUCUUGAAGAAGUAGAACUAAAGGAGAUGGGCUUGAUGGCUCAUGUGAACGAAGGUGGAAGUAAUAUGAGUGUUGGGCAAAGGCAAUUGGUUUGCCUUGCUAGAGCAAUUGUAAAAAAUAAUCCUAUUUUAGUGUUAGAUGAAGCUACAGCAAAUGUUGACCCAAAAACAGAUGAACUGAUUCAAACAACUAUUAGAAAAAAGUUUGAAAACUGCACUGUACUUACAAUAGCCCAUAGACUUAAUACAGUUAUGGAUAGUGAUCGUAUUUUAGUUAUGGAAGCUGGAAUGGUUGUGGAAUUUGAUCAUCCUCAUAUUUUAUUGCAAAAGGAAUCUGGCUACUUGAAAAGUAUGGUAAAUGAAACUGGACCUGCUAUGGCGAUAUCUCUUAUGGGUAUUGCUGAAAAUGCUUACAAAAAAUCUUCUAAUAGAAAUUUAUAACAUAUAAUUUACAUUAUUUAGUUAUGCAUC